UUUAUGAUACGGAGAGCAUGUAAGUGUCUCUCGGUAUCCGCACUGAGAAAGUGACAAGUGAUUCCAGAGGUGAAGCGGUGAUGGCGAACCUUUCAGAUUUGAAAGAGAAGUGGAAGCAAGUUCCAGAAUUGGAAGAUGAAGAAAACUUCUCGCAUGCUCUGCAGCUUAGCGGCUCCGUUGUGCUUUCCAUGGCGCUGCAAUCGGCCACGGAGCUUGGCGUAUUUGAAGUCUUGAAAAAUGCGGGUGAAGGUGCCAAGCUAUCUGCGAAGGAAAUUGCGUCGCAGCUUUCGUGCAAGAACACAGAGGCACCUUCCAUGCUAGAUCGUCUUCUCGCCCUUCUUUCCUCUCAUUCCAUUCUUAAUUGUUCCCUCAUUCCCGACGAUCAAAAACUUGGAUCCUUUCACAGGCUCUACACAAUCACUCCUGUCGCUAAAUUCUUCUCUCCCAAUUCUGACGGGGUUUCCUUGGGACCCUUGUUGGCCUUGUUGCAGGAUAACAUCUUCCUACAAAGCUGGUCGGAGCUGAAAAAUGCAAUUAAGGAAGGAGGUAUUCCAUUCAACAGGGUUUAUGGCACUCAUGCUUUUGAGUAUCCAAGUUUAGACUCAAGGUUCAAUCAAGUUUUUAAUACUGCAAUGAUCAACCAUACCCCUUUGGUGAUGAAGAAGGUUCUGGAAUGCUACAAAGGUUUUGAGGACAUAAAAAGGGUUGUGGACGUUGGUGGUGGUCUUGGGAUAAACAUAAACUUGAUAACUUCCAAGUACCCUCAUAUAGAGGGUGUCAAUUUCGACUUGCCUCAUGUCAUACAACAUGCUCCUUCCUAUCCUGGUGUGGAACACGUUGGCGGAGAUAUGUUUGCAAGUGUGCCUAAAGGAGACGCCAUCUUUAUGAAGUGGAUACUUCAUGAUUGGAGUGAUGAACAUUGUUUGAAGUUGUUGAAGAACUGCUAUAAUGCAAUUCCCGACGAUGGAAAGGUGAUUAUUGUGGAGGCAGUUCUUCCAAUCAUACCAGAGACUAAUGCUGCUUGGAAGGCUAUUUCCCAGGUGGAUGUUCUGAUGAUGACUCAAAACCCGGGUGGGAAAGAGCGAACAGAACAAGAAUUCAUGGAAUUGGCAACUGCUGCCGGAUUCAGUGGCAUCAGGUAUGAAUGCUAUGUUCGUACCUUCUGGGUCAUGGAGUUCUUCAAGUAGACCCAUAGCCUCUGUAAUUCUAAUAUUUAUUAUUGUGUGUGUUUCUCAUUUUAGAUUAACAAAACAUUUUCAAGUUAGUAUUAUAUUCUAUGUAUUGGUUUGUAGAAUCUAUGAUAUAUUAUAUGAUGAUUAAGUUGUGUUUUA